GACAGUUAACGCGAGUCCUCUGCGUGUUUAUCCUGUUACACACACACACACACACACACACACACACCAGACUCUCGGUACAUACAGGGACAUCACGUCCUGAUAUGUCAGCGUGAAGACGCUGUCGGUUGCUCAAUAUUGGACAACACUUGAGGAGAAUUACACGCCAGAGGCUCUACUGUCAUGCAAUAGGCUUUCCCUUUGUGUGUGUGUGUGUGUGUUAUUAUUGAAUGAAUCAGGCUCCAGUCCGUCUGCUUUUGCAAUUCACAAAACUGUGCUGUGUGUGUGUGGAACAAGGUGCCAAUAUAAAACAAAACAACAAAAAAGUUGAUAUGUGAUCAUGUUGACUUUCAUAUUGUGUCAUCAUGUAACGGACAUACUGUAUGUGUUUUAAAGCCACCGUGCUCUGUUUAACACUGAUGACAUUUUCAGAUGUGGCCUAUGUUUUGACCAUGUGUGUGUCACACUGACAGACUUAUGGGCUCCAGGUUUACUGUACACACACACAUACAUACAUAUAUUUUCUCUCUCUCUUUUCAUCCCGUUUCAUCUCACUGGGACCUAUCACCCUCUCCCUCUCUCUCUCCCACCUUAGCACCCAUCACUGACCCAUAUAUUCAGUGGCCAUACUGGGUAAAGAUGGGGCAGUCGUCCUAGCCAGCAUGGGACACAAGCAGUGCUGCUUGCUGUCUUCCCUCCUUUCUUCUCUAUCUGCCCUUCUCCUCAGUGGUUGAGAGUGACUUUCCAGAGGAGAGGAGAGGAGAGACAGACUGAGGUGAUGAAUCUGCAGUGCUGAGGCUUGCCUCUCUGACCCUGCAGCCUGCAAGACUUGGCUUGCUCCAGGGGUUGUCCAGGGCACAGACAGUGAAGCCCACAACUAUCCAGAGUGUGGUGAUGUCCCGCUACUAACACCGGGAAGUAAAGAGAUGAUGUCCCAGGCUCUGAAGGCCACCUUCAGUGGUUUCACUAAGGAACAGCAGCGGCUGGGUAUUCCCAAAGAUCCCAGACAGUGGACAGAAAACCAUGUGGCUGAGUGGCUUACGUGGACUGUGAACGAGUUCAGUCUGAAGAACGUUGACUUUGACAAAUUCUGCAUUAACGGAGCCACCUUGUGUGCGAUGGGGAAGGAGCGCUUCCUCGACUUAGCACCUGACUUUGUGGGUGACAUCCUUUGGGAACAUUUAGAAAUGCUUCAAAAAGAGGAUACAAAGCAUUAUCCCAUCAAUGGAUUGACCUCCAACUUCCAGGAAUCCCGUUAUACCUCAGACUACUUUGGCAGCUACGGUGUUGAGCAUGCUCAGUGUGUCCCUCCUUCUGAAUACUCAGAGCCCGGCUUCAUCACAGAGUCCUACCAGACACUUCAUCCCAUCAGCUCCGAGGAAUUGCUGACGCUCAAGUACGAGAGUGAAUACCCUGCUGUCAUCCUACGGGACACACCCCUCAAUCCGCUGCAGGUGGACUACUUUUCUGUCAAGCAGGAGGUGGUAUCCCCUGACAACAUGUGUGUGGGACGCCUCAGCAGAGGUAAACUCGGUGGCCAGGACUCGUUUGAGAGCAUCGAGAGCUUUGAGAGCUGUGACCGACUGACCCAGUCGUGGAGCAGCCAGUCCUCGUUCAGCAGCCUGCAGCGGGUGCCUUCCUAUGACAGCUUCGACUCGGAAGACUACCCCGCUGCCUUGCACGGCCACAAGCCCAAGGGCACCUUCAAAGACUAUGUGAGGGAGCGCUCAGACCUCAGCAAGGAUAAACCCGUCAUCCCAGCAGCGGCACUGGCAGGAUACACAGGCAGUGGCCCCAUCCAGCUGUGGCAGUUUCUUCUGGAGCUGCUGACCGACAAGUCUUGCCAGUCCUUCAUCAGCUGGACAGGCGACGGCUGGGAGUUCAAGCUCUCUGACCCUGAUGAGGUUGCUCGGAGGUGGGGCAAGAGGAAAAACAAGCCCAAAAUGAACUAUGAGAAGCUGAGCCGUGGCCUGCGCUACUACUACGACAAGAACAUCAUCCACAAGACAUCGGGGAAACGAUAUGUUUACCGCUUUGUCUGUGACUUAAAAAGCCUGCUGGGGUACACACCUGAGGAGCUGCAUGCAAUGUUGGACGUAAAGCCCGAUACGGACGAGUGAAGGUGAAGGUGAAGGUGGAAAAGCAAGUGAAGACAGACAUUGAGGAGCCACACGGACUGAGGCUCAUAAAGUGGUCUUAACUGUUUUAUAGCUUUGGUAAACCAUUUUUUUUUUGGGACCAAAAUGUUUUUAAUGACUUAACUAUGGUCUCUGUCAACUUCGAGCUCUUGUCUCUUAGACCAUGUUUCAAAAAGGAAGGCACAGCCCAAAAAGCCUGUGUUCAUACUCUGUUGCAUUCAAAAUGUGUGUGUGUGUGAGCGUGGGUAUGUGUGAUGUGUGUGUGUGUGUGUAUGUAUAUAUAUACCGGUAUUAUUUAGCAGCUCAAGGCAAAUGGAGUGCUGUCGGGUAGAGUUGAGCUUCCAUUCUGCUUAAGUAGCACAGUGAAGAGACAAGAGGACCAAAACGGACAGUCUUGGUCCUGAGAGAACACGGGGGG